AUGGCGUCUGCACAACCGACAGAAGGGGGGCUGACAGGCACCGAGAGGCUCAUUUCACCUUGGCCAGCCCGAAUCUCACAAGCGAUUGCGACAAUCGCUCCCCAGUUCCGCGAGGACCCUUGCGUCACAUAUCUUCUCAACAACCUACCAGAUGACCAACGAAUACCGUACCUCGACACCUUUUUUCGCUUUUUAAUUACCGCCGCCGUUGCCAAUGGCAGCACCAUAUACGAAGCCGCCGAUUGGACCAGCGCUACCGUGGUCGUGCCGCCCGGAAAAGACGUCGCCAAUCCCGUCCACUUGGUCCCCUCUGGCGGGCUGGGCGUCUUUGCCAAAAUGGGCGUCUCCGGCACUGUCAAGAUGCUCUACGAGUUCCCCCGUCAGCUUGGCCAGUGCAAGGGUCCUGCCCUCGGCAAGCGCCCGUUUUACUACGUCUUCCUCGUCGCCACCGUGCCAGAGAGCAGAGGGCAGGGGCUGGCCAGCAAGACUCUGCAGCAAGUUCUCCAUGUCGCGCAAAAGGAGCAAACACCAGCCUAUCUCGAGGCCAGCACCGAGGCCAGCAGGCGUGUGUACGCGAAAUUGGGCUUCAAACAAGUCGGCACUGUUGUGCUCGGCAAAGGAAAAUGCGACGCCAAGGGCCUGCCCAAGAAGAAUGGCCCGGGUAUAACAAUAUGGCCAAUGGUUUGGGAACCGUUGGAUGCUGUCCAAUCACAAUAA